UUUCUUAGCUACAACCCGUUUUUGACUGUGGAAAUUGUUUUGCAUAAUGAAACAACUGAGAAAAUUUUGCUGCUGAGUGCUACUUUACAAUAUUGCAUGGAACCCCCGGCAGAAGAAGGCGGCAUUCGGCUCCUCCCACUCUCAACGUCGCCGGGCACUCACCGGCGUUCUAUUUGCUCCAACUGCCAACGGCCGAAUCCAGUGUGUCUCUGUCACGCGCUUCCCGCAAAUCCCAUCCCAACCACCACCCGAGUUUUCAUUCUCCACCACCCUCAAGAGGCGAAACACAAACUCUCCACCACUCCAAUCCUCACCAAAUCCCUACUCCACGCCACCUCCAUCACCGGCCGCCGCCUCCGUCGAGGCACCUCCCCGCUCUUCGACCAGUUCCCCCCUGCCGUCUACCUCUUCCCAUCAACCAGCUCCUCGCCGGCCGUCAACAUCUCCGACCUCAAAUUGUCGGAGUUGAAACGCAGCGGAGAGAACGGCGGCCUGGUAUUGAUUGCCUUUGAUGCGACCUGGAAGCAUGCGAAGGAGAUGGUGAAGGCGAGCGAGGAGUUCCUGUCGAAAUUUGCGAUUAGGGUUUGUUUAGGGAUGGAAGAUGAGAAAGUGAGUGGCGGAAGUAUUUAUGAUUCUGAAUUGAUUUUGAGGAAGGAACCUUUUGGUGGUUGCGUGAGUACUAUGGAGGCUGUGGCUAGAGCAUUGCGGGUUCUUGAGCCUAAUGGGGUUGAGAUUGAGGCUAGACUCAUUGGGAUUUUGAGGGAAAUGGUGAAUUUGCAGGCUGGUUUUUUGAAGCCCGUGAAGCCCAGACCCAAAUUGUUGAAGAAGAAACAGCUUAAGGAAGUGGAAAAGAGUGAGACUUCUGAUAAUGAAAAGCCAUGAUUCAGGGUUGGUAGUGAAGGUCAAGAAUCUCACUUGGUUCUCAGUUUCUGCAUGAAGUCUGGGGUUUUACAUGGAUAAAUUGAUAUGGUGAGGAUCCAAAUUUCCAGAUUAGGUCAAUUUGAUUUGUAUAGUGUUCCAACUCUUUGGUGCAUGUUUCUAUAAGAUUCUGAAGUUCAGAAACCGUGUUUGACUGGAGGAGUUCUAUGGGAGCUUCCGUAAAUUGAGUUGUGGGAUGGAGAACUUGCUCUCUUGUGUGCCUUCCUUCUAUACUUGCUGGUGCAAAAAUAAGAAGAGACAGUAGAGAUUUAUCUCUACUAGCCUUGCUCAGGCAUUGUCCUUAAACUUGCUUUUUUUGUGAUCAUAAAUUCCUUCUAUAUCUUCCUAUCACUCCAAAGUUAGUUGGGGCCUGGGAAGCUUUCUCGUACGAUUGUUCUUCUCUUCACAUCAUUUUUGAUCUGCAGAACUUGCUCUUCUGCUUUCUUGUUCUCAAACAGUGAUGAAGUCAAGCACUUGUAGAUACGCAUACUGUUAGAGCAAAUGGUUGGAACAUCAUACAAGUCAAAUCAACUUUCCCUAAAAGUCUAGAUUCUCACCAUCACAUAUCUAUCUCAUGAUAUAUCAGAUUCAUGAUUUACUAGGAGACAAAAAGUAAAAAAACAGUUACAUAGAGGCAGAGGGCAAGUUUCUUAGGUUUAACGACUACUAUCAUAGAGACUAUAUACAAUGUAUAUAGCAUUUAUGACAAAGCAAGGCCAAACAAAUACAACUUAACAGACUAGACUGAUAGAGAGCCAAAUUUUGUUAUCAUUAUUUGUUGAAUCUCAAGGUUAAUGGUGUCUCAACUGUCACAUCUGCCAUUUUCGGCGUGUCAUAGAAGCCAUGUCACCAAUGCUGUGCUGCAAUCACUAGCAUACAGUUUUGGCUUUGAUGUGUACGUCAGUUUUCAUGAAGGUUCCAAAGUUGCAUAUUCAACUACACACCAAGUGUGAUUUGAGCUGCUGCGUUUUUGCUGCUAUUUUUUAAUCUGUAGUCUGGACUGAUAUUUUGAUAAGGAGGCCAUGAAGUCUUUACAUUGGGAACUUAUAUUUUUGCGGGCAUGUUGCUGCAUGAUCCAUUACCUUGGUAGUUAGUUUGUGUUGGAUUUAUUUUUGGCUCUGAAUUGGAUCCAUAGAUGUUACAAACUUUGAUGUAAUUUUCGUUUCAUCUUACUUUAGCAUAUUAUUGCUCAUUCUUCAACCCCUCGUAGAAGGUGGGGAGUGUGUGCUACUGAUGCUGAAUUUGAUGGUUACUAAUAAUGGAUUGUUAUUUAUUGAGAAGAAAAGUCAUAUGAUUGACCAAAUCAUAUAUGCAAAUGUUGAUGUAUAGACGUACUUCCAAUGAAAUAAUCAAUUGAAUGCUUA